AGGACGUUCUCUAUAACGCCUACGUGUUCGGGGCUGACUUGAACGCAGCAUCAACCGGCUCUUUGCUGACGAGCUGUCGCCUUUCGAAACAGCUGGUAGUUUGUCAGCCAGCAACUCGUCUCGAGAGCCACAUUUAGAGCGUCGAAAGCACAAAUUGGACUCGAAAGCGACUGACUCAGCCUCGCCUUAACUCCCUGCUGGGGUUCUACCGUGGCUUGGGAGAUGCCAUGCCUUAAUGUCUACUUUGCCAGGCACUUGUUAGCAAGGGACAAGUGAAGCUCCGGGCAGCUAACUUUAGCUAGGCUAAUUUACGAGCACGCGUGGGGGGGGUUUCCUGUCUGUGAGGUUGAAGCGACUGCUGAGUGGCAACAUGACUCAUAUACAUUAUAAAUUCUCCUCCAAACUCAGCUACGCCACGGUGGUGUUUGACGGGCCGCACGUCACGCUGACGGACCUAAAGGAGCAGAUCAUGGGCAGGGAGAGGCUGCGAGCCGGCGACUGCGACCUGCAGAUUACCGACGCGCAAACCAAAGAAGAGUACACAAAUGAGGAAGGGCUCAUCCCCAAAGGCUCGUCAGUGAUUGUCAGGAGGGUGCCAAAUAUGAGAGUCAAGAGUUUCUCUGUCAAAAAGACUCAAAACACUGAGCGCUCUGAUGCCCACUGCCACUUCUCCACUGGAGCCAUCAAAGCAAUGGAUGACAACAGUUCUUCUAAAACCCUGCCUUUAUUCUCCAAGAUGGUGAACCUGGCAGCUGCUGAUGUGUCAGAAGAGGAUAAGAUCAAAGUGGUAAUGAACCAGUCCUCGUACAACCCCAUGACUUACAACAAAAAGUUUGGUGGGAUGCUCCCUGCUAACUACACCUGUUAUCGCUGUGGAAACACUGGGCAUCAUAUCAGGAAAUGUCCAUCUACUGGGGAUAAAAAUUUCGAUGCGCCAAAGAUAAAGAAGAGCACAGGCAUUCCUCGCUCCUUCAUGGUGGAGGUGGAUGACCCCAACAUUAAGGGAGCUAUGAUGACUAACUGCGGGCGUUUUGCAAUUCCUGCCAUUGACGCUCAGGCGUACGCCAUCGGCAAGAAAGAGAAGCAUCCAUUUUUGCACCAAGAAGAGUGUGAGCCAGUGGAUGAGAAAAUCCCUGUACCUGAGGAGCUCCAAUGUCUGAUCUGUCAUGACCUGCUUGUGGAUUCGGUAGUCAUACCAUGCUGUGGAAACAGUUAUUGUGACGAGUGUAUUCGUACGGCCUUGCUGGACUCAGAAGAACACAUCUGUCCCACCUGUAACCAAGCUGAUGUCUCCCCUGACACAUUGAUAGCCAAUAAAUUCCUCCGUCAGGCUGUAAAUAACUUUAAGAAAGAGAAAGGUGACACCAGGAAUUUGAAAAAGUCUGGCAUCCCUCAGUCACUCACUGCAACACCAACACCAAUCCCUGUUCCUACUCCUUUGACUGUCCAACAACAGAAGAUCCAGCAGUCCACCCCCAGUCAGCAGACUGAUGUUCACGAGUCUGGGGCUCAUCCUGCUUCCAGCCUACCACCGUGUGUUGAAGCUGAAGUAAAAACACAAGAUGUUUCAGUGGCUGAUAUACCUUCUGUGGCUUUCUUAAACAAAGACCCCACAGCUGUUCCAUCACAGCCAAUGAUACUGGUUCACAAUGACCCAGUGCAGAAAUCCUCCUUAGGUCAAACACCAACCAGCUUGCACAGGUCAGCAAGUUCCUUCUCAUCCUCGGUUUUUCCCAUGGGAGUUACAACUGAAAUCCAGCACCUUCCUCCCUCUUCAUCCUCCCAGCCACCUGCUCCUCCACCUUUCUUCCCCAGCCACCACUUCCACUCAUUCCCUCCAGCUCAGCAGUAUCCAAGACACCCACCGGGACACCAAGUGGCCCUACCCAAUUGGACUCACCCAAACCCUCAGGGUGCCCCCCUCCCUCCCCUCAUCUCCUCUUCCUCCCCCUCCAUCCCUCCUCUCAACCAGAGGGACUGGUCCAGCCAUCAUAGACACAGGAGGGAAAGGUCUCCUCGUACACGAUCCAGCUUCAGACGCUCCUCUCGUUCUAAGUCCAAAUCUUCUCGCUCAUCAAGCCAGUCCAGUCGGUCCCGCUCAAGAUCCCAUGGCAGAUCAAGGCCCAGGUCACCAUACUCUCAUCAUAGAGUCCCACACACCCGCACAAAUCCCUCACACUCUUAUAGCUAUGGUUACAAGAGGUCCCACUCACCCACGGCAUCUUCAUCAUCUUCACCCCGGGAGGGUUCUCAUUCUACGUCGCAGUCAGCUCACCGGAAAAAACGCCAUCACAACAAAAAGUCCUCUCAUAGAAGCUACAAAUCCAGGAGACGAGCUGAACACUCACCAGCUUCUUCCAGACAAGCUGAAGGCCCUUCAGGGCAGUGUUAUGCUAAUGAACCAACUAGUAGCCAGGACACAAAUAAUGAUUUCUACCAGCAAUGGAAAAAACAAUACAAAGAGUGGUAUGAGAAGUAUUUCAGCACUUAUGUCAGCCACUACCACCGAUUGCCGCCUUCCCUCCUCUCUCUCCCUCCUCCCCCAAAUCCACCAUGGGCGGACCGAGCAGAGAACCACACAAGCCACAAGUUAGACUCUUUCACUCAUCUCCAACAUACGCGCAGGACUUCGACGCACCCCCACUCCCCUCCAUCUCAAUCGUCCAGCGACAGUCGCUCCAGUCACUCUCAGUCUUCCAGCGAGGGUCGCUCCCCUCCUUCUCGAUCUUCGAGUGUCUGCAGCUACGCUCGCUCGCCCUGUGACACACGCUCGCCACCGUCCGAGAAUACCACCCCUCACAGGGGGAGCGCGAAGAAGGAUGGCCGUAAGCAUGAAGCGACUGCAAAUUCAGAACAGCUUCCUGCCCUCAAAUCUGAACAGGAGAGAAUGAGGAAGUACGAUGAAGUCCCAGAAGACAACACGUGUUCCCCUGAUGCUGCACGCCCAAAAGGCAAGGAGGACAAAAGGAGGCAUCGUCAUACUUGCAGUGACUCAUUGCCAGACAGAGAUGCCUUUGAAUCUGUCCAAAAUCCACUCGCAUCAAAUAAAAAUGAGAGAGAAAAACAACAGAGACCAGAAAGUGAAAGUAAAUGUAAAAAAGGCAAAGAUUCCAUCUCUCGGCGGCUGGAUGAAGAAAGGCGUCAGAAGGUCAAGUCCAGGGAGAAGGCUCACAAAGUGGAAAAAGGCACACACCCUGACGUCUACAAAGCUUCGAAGUCCCACAGAAAGGGUAAAGGAGCAUGCGAGGAGGAAAAUAAAGAAAGUCAUAUCAUAACAACUGAAAGAAGUGGGUACAUACAAACCAACCUUGAAAUCCCCAAGGGUGAAUGUUCUCACACUGUUGAAAAAGAAAAGCAACAAGAGCAGAAGAAAAAGCAAAAGGAACCACUGUCUCCCAGAGUGAAAAACAUCUGGGAGGAAGGAAUGCAGGUGAAACCACAGAAGAAGAUUAGCAUCAACAUCAACCUGGAUGGGAAGAGGCCUGAAGAGAAGACAGCAAUACAGGAAUGGUCUCGUUCAGAGAGGAGUGACGUGAAAGAAAAUGGUGAGAAGUUAGAGGCAGAAAUUCCAAGAACUGCAAAGCAGCAAGCAACUGGACUUCGAGAGCUUCGGGGAGCAGACGAGGUAGACUGCACAGAAUCCAAAAAAGAGGACGAGAGGCAGAAUGUGAAGGAGAAUGAGGAAGAUAAGAGCAUGAAAAAUGAUGACAGAAGAAAAGAGAGGGGGAUUGUGAAGGAGAAUGAGGGGGAUGAGAGAGUGACAAAUGAUGACGAAGAAAAACAGAGGCAGAUAUUGGAGGAGAAUGAGGAUGAGAGAGUGACAAAUGAUGACAGAGAAAAAGAGAGGCACAUUAUGAAGGAGAAUGGGGAGGAUAGGAAAGUGACAAAUGAGGACGGAGAAAAAGAGAGGCAGAUUGUGAAGGAGAAUGAGGAAGAUGAGAGCGUAAGACAUGACAUCGGAAAAGAAAGGGGGGGUGUGAAGGAGAUUGAGGAGGAUGACCGCGUGACAAAUGAUGAAAGAGAAAAAGACAAGUCAGUUGCUACUACUGAAAAGAUGACGACAGAAGAGGAAAAUGGCGAAGAGCUGCCCGAAGAGUCAAAGCCAAAACAAGAGCUAGUGGUGGGAGUGAAGAUGAGUGAUGAAGACACUGCCUCUGUGAUGAUGUCACAUACCAGUGAGAGGCCAAACAUUACAAUGGAGAGUGUCUGCAACACUUCCAUGGUGGACCGCAGGGAAGGUGAGGAAUCUCUGGAGAGGAUAAUCGAGGUAACAACACCUCCACGGGAGCACAAGCACAGUGAAGAGGACACACUUGAAUUUGCACCUCUUUCCAUAUUGGACAAAAAGGACCCUGAAGAGGAUGAACAGGAGGUUCUUCCAGUAGCACCGCCUCCACCACCAGUGACACCAGGCCAACUGGAUGCUCAUGGACAGGAUGAGGAAGAGAGUCAAAGGUCAGAUGAAAUGCAGACAGGUGAGGAAAACAGGGAGAGAAACUCUUGUCUGGCUCUCCCUAGAGGCCAAUACAUAAGUGACACUGAGAUGGAGGGAAACGUUGGCGCCGACAGGCCACAAGAUCAUGAGAAAGAAUGGAAGGGCGAGGAGGACAAGAAAGUAAGCAAUAAGGCAAAAGACGCAGAACAGGAGCUGCUGAUCCUACCAAACCUCCAGUCAUCAAUGACAUCACAUCAUUCUGACAGGAAGGGUGGAGAACAGGAGGUCAAGAUAGAUGCAAGCAAGGAAAGUCAUACAGUCAAUCACAGUGAGUGUAUCAAAAAGCUAUGCGCAAUACUGGAUAUACAAUCAAGCACAACAGAGGAUCCUGACCACAUCUACCAGUAUCACGAUAGUGACAAUACAGAUAGUAAAUCCAGCAACAAAAAUAAUUCUCUCCCUUACCACGUACAACCCUUUGGAAAGCAGCAAAGACCUCCAGAGUCUAGCAGGUCUAGUCUGGCAUUAAAGCACUCUGAUGCGCCUCAGGCCAUCUUGGUGUCCAAGAAUCAGCGUGAACCCAAGCCCCAUGCACUAUCCCCCUACAAACACUCAGACAGAACCACUCUCAAGGUGAGACCCCAGAGCAGAGAGGAGCUAUGGAAAAGGUACAAGCUGGAAAAGCUGUUAAAAGAAAGCCAACACGACCGAGCGGCAAAGGAGCCGGAGCCUGAGAAAGAAGCAGCUCAGCAUAGUACACACGAGGCAAAACCGGAGCGAGCCAGAGGAGAGAAGCCCUCCAGUCACAGCAGCAGCAGCAGCAGCAGCGUGACGAAGAGUGAGCAUGAAAGGAGGCCAAAAAAGCACAAGGACAAACGACACGGAGACACAGAGCUAGAAGAUCUAGAGAGGAAACACAAAAAGUCCAAGAAACAUGAUCACUCUCACUGAAGAGGAAUGCCGCUUCCGUUCCUUUUUUCUCACACAAAAAAGUGCCUGAUAGGAUUAGGUUAUUUUCCUCUUAUCAUGUUAAGAUUGGAUCAGGGUCAUCCAAUAAUGAAAAUGAGCCAAAUACAAAAGUUUAGAUAUUGCUGAAGCUGGAAAAUGUUACAGGUUUAUUUAAUUUGACUCACACUUAGUAGUAGUGCUCAGAGAAUUGCGCUGAAUGGGAUUUGUGAUUAAUUUAUUGUGAUAAUUUAUUAUUAAUUGAACCUCUGUUGCUGGUUUUGUAAAUUUCAUUUCAAAAUGAAUGACAUGCUGCUAAUAGGGUAGGAGUUGCCAGAGAAAUGUUUGUUUCUUCCUGUUUUGCAGGAAAUAAAAAUAAUAAUUACAUAUGCA